AUGAAUAAAAUGGGCGGUAGCGAAGUUAACAAUGAUGAGUCACUGAAGAGGGAGAUGGACGUCCUCCCGCUCUUUCCUACGGCUGAUCCCGAACAUGAUCAUGCAUGGGCCGAUCCUCAGCUCAAUCCAGUGGAGCAUUCUGCGCAAUCAAAUCCCAUUCCCAAUGAAGGGCUGAACCUAGGGUUACCCCUCGAUGCUGGUGACAAGACGAUCGACUUUUUUCAAACCAAUGCUCAUGCUUACCAAUCUGCUGAGUCUUUUGGAGCUCAGCAUUCACCACAGGCAAGUGGUGUCUCUGAUUGUGCAUCAGGCUCAGAUGUAGGAGGGGGAGUUGCUACGGGUACUGAUCUAUUAAUGAAAGUCUCGAUAACAACCGAGGCCACAAGGCGAUCAAUAUUUGGUCGCGGUUUGGAUGCGAUGGAGGAGUUAAUGACGAUGGCACAGAUCGGAGAACCAUUAUGGCAACUCAAUGAUGAUGGCGUGACUGAACUAUUACAUGAUUUUGAGUACAAACGUGUAUUUCAGAGGGCAUAUCCAGCUCCACAGGAUAUGAGCCCUGAGGAAAUGGCUGGUAACGAAUGGGGGAGGCUGCCAAAUAGGCCGAAUCCCUCCAACACCAUUGACUUUCUGAACUUAUACCCCGAGCAAGUGCCGGGAGUUCCUACAAUAGGAAGCCUUAAGACUGAAGCUUCGCGAGAUGCCUCUGUCAUCAAUAUGGAUCGGUUUCAUAUUGUUGCAAUGCUUAUGGAUGUGGUGGGACUGAAUCAAUGGUCGGAUAACUUCUCCAACAUCGUGUCAAGGUCCACUCUUUUAGGAGUCUUGUAUCCGGGCACACCAGAGACUUAUGAUGGGACUUUACAAGUGAUAUCUGCAGAGUUUCAUAUCCCCACCGCGCUUGUUCCCGUGAGAUCUGUUCACUUUGCUAGGUAUUGCAAGCAACUUGACUGGGACCUGUGGGGAGUAGUCGAUUAUUCACUAGAGUGGAUGUUCCCUUGUUCGUUCAUCAAUUACCAAAGGAGGCCAUCAGGUUGUUUGAUACAGGAAUUACCAAAUGGUUCCUCAAAGGUCAUUUGGGUUGAGAAUGGAGGAGUGGACUAUACCUCAAUCCAUAGCAUGUACAGGCCAAUUGUUUCCUCUGGAUUUGCAUUUGGUGCAAAGCGCUGGAUUUCUGCCAUCACCGGACAAUCUGAAUGGCUUAAAGCUCUAUUGGUGCCCAAUCAGUAUGCCUCAUACAACAAUGUGGUGAUAUCAGAAAUUGGAAGGGAGAAUCUGUUGAAACUGGCUGAGAGAAUGAUGAGAACUUACUUGAAGGAAGUGAAUGGCUGUGCAUCGAAUAUGUGGUCUCCAUUGUUAGAAGCAAGUGGAGCGAAAGAUAUGAGGGUGACCACGAGGACCAACUACGGCGAAGACAUUGGGAAGCCCUAUGGAUCUUCCAUUACUUUCACCGCCUCGGUUUGCCUCCCGUAUCCAGUCAAAAAGGUGUUCAAUUUCCUCUCUGACGGGACUCUCCGCUAUAAGUGGGAUGCUCUUGCUUAUGACCGUGUCAUUCGGGAAGCAACAUACAUAUCCACAGGAGCAAAUCCAGCGUCUCGCGUGUCCAUUAUGCAAAUGGAGCCGGUUCUGAACUAUUCCUCUGUCCUCCACUUGCAAAACGCUUACUCAGACCCGAUGGGCUCUUAUAUCGUUUACGCUCCUGUCGAACUUGGAGCGAUGGCCUCGCUCCUGAACGGCGGAAACCCGGAUUCAGUGGGGAUUUUGCCUUCGGGUUUUGCAAUUCUGCCCGCAAAGCCAAUUGUGCCUGGAGGAGAUAGCCGCAAAAGUCUCCUGACUAUUGCAUUUCACAUCUUGGACGUGACCAGAAGAGUGCCAGGUAAUAUGCUCCCUCGUGGGAUAGCCGAUGAAGUCUACAAGCUCGCCACAGGAACUGUUGGUGCAAUCCAUGCUGCUUUGGAGGCUCACAUUGGAGCAGACGUCCAUCGUGAAAGAAGAGUUUGGACAAUGCGACCGAACAUUUACACCAUUGUUCUGGGAGAGGAAAGGGCUAGGGAAUUGGGUUGCGCGGAUCCGUAAGAUGCCGUUCAAAUCUUUCUAUUGUAGAUAAAACUGCUAUCGAGUAAUCUGUUAUAGAAUAUUGAAAGUGUGAAUUGAACUCUUUUAAUUUAUUGAUGUCGUCCGUCGUGUCUGUCUCGUGUCUGUCUGCGACACCCUCCCUUGUUGUGUGUUGUGAAACAUCUCUUUAUAAG